AUGGAAGAAGGGAAUUUCGAUCUAUCUUCUAAGAAAGAAUGUGCUCUUUUAUUCUUAUUUGAAUUCAUUGGAACUUCGUUCUUGCUUAUUGCUAUUAACUUUACAAAUCACCAUCCAGUCAUUGUAGGUUGUGGAAUCUUUAUGGGAGUAAUGGUUGCAGGCAGAAGAACUGGAGGUCACUUCAACUUUGGAGUCACACUUGGUGUAUAUAUCUAAAAAGCUCAAUGGGUUAAAAAUAUCAAAGCAUUAGUUAUUUAUGCUCUAGCAGAGUUAUCAGGUGCUUAUUUUGGUAUGGCCUUCUCAUUAUUAGUACUAGGAACUGAUGGAAUAAACAUAUUCAGACCUACUGACUUGGAUUACAAUUAGGGGUACGUCUUUUUUAUUGAGCUGUUCUUUACCUUUACAUUCCAAGUUGUCAUUUAGCAUUCUAAGAACUCAAAAGUUUCCUUAUUUGACAACAUGGUCCUUGGAGCUGGAUCAGUCGUAGGGGCAAUUUACUUCUCAAUUAACUGUGCUGGAAGAUACACAGGUGCUGCAUUGAAUCCAACUAUCGGCUUCACAAAUUUGACAUUUGUAGCAAUAGCUAUGGAUACUAAUGAUUACAUUAAGUUCUUGCCUGCUUAUGUAUUUGGACCUCUUAUUGGAGGUGCUCUGGCUGGUAUAUUCACAGCUUAUGCUAGUGCAAGAGUUAUUCAUGAUCCAACUUAAUAGAAUCAAGUCAGAAAAUUCGCAAGAAUGACUGAAGACAUCAAAAGACCCAAGCAUUUGUCUACUGAUCAAGAGCCUCUAUACCACAAUUCCCCCUGA